AUGCUUGGUUUGAAUUUUAUUUAAAAUCAAAAAACAUGCAAAUUUAUAUAUAAACAGAGGUAAUAGAAGUGUAAAUUAUUUUCAAUUAUGAUCUAUGUAUUAAAGAUCUAUUUUUACACAGAAAAAUUUUUAUUUAGAAAAUUAGAUUAAAUAUAGAUUCUGGAUACAAAUUUGAUUUAAAAAAUAGCUUAUAUUUCUAUCACCUUAAGUUUAUGGUAAUUUCAAAUGUUAAAAUCCUGA